UCUGGCCAUUAUUGGAAGUUUUGUAUAUAAGAAGCAAAUGCAACGUUAACCAAGAUACUAAACAUCAAGAGAAAUAUAACCUUGUUUCUGAGGAGACCGUAAGACAAAAAUGUGGUUGCUAUUAACAGUGGCAAGUUUGAUAUCUGCACUUGGAACUACACAUGGUUACUUUGGAAAAUUACAUCCUAUAAGCCCUGAAGUGACUAUGAAUAUUAGUCAGAUGAUCGCCUAUUGGGGAUACCCAAGUGAAGAGUAUGAUGUCGUGACUGAAGAUGGUUAUAUACUCGGGAUCAACAGAAUUCCUUAUGGGAAGAAAAAUUCAGAGAAUAUAGGCCGGAGACCUGUUGCAUUUUUGCAGCACGGUUUGCUCGCAUCAGCCACAAACUGGAUCUCCAACCUGCCCAACAACAGCCUGGCCUUCAUUCUGGCAGACGCAGGUUAUGAUGUGUGGCUGGGCAACAGCAGGGGAAACACCUGGGCCAGGAGAAACCUAUACUUCUCCCCAGACUCAGUUGAAUUCUGGGCUUUCAGCUUUGAUGAGAUGGCUAAAUACGACCUUCCAGCCACGAUUGACUUAAUUUUAAAGAAAACUGGACAGGAUAAGCUACACUAUGUUGGCCAUUCCCAGGGUACCACCAUUGGUUUCAUCGCCUUUUCUACCAAUCCCAAGCUGGCUAAAAGAAUCAAAACCUUCUCUGCAUUAGCUCCAGUUGCCACUGUGAAGUACGCCAAAACCCUGCUAAACAAACUCAUGCGUGUUCCUUCAUUCCUCUUCAAGCUUAUCUUUGGUGACAAAAUAUUCUACCCACACCACUUUUUUGAUCAAUUUCUUGCUACUGAGGUGUGUUCCCGUGAGACAGUGGAUCUCCUCUGCAGCAAUGCCUUAUUCAUCAUUUGUGGAUUUGACACUAAGAACUUGAACAUGAGUCGCUUGGAUGUGUAUCUAUCACAUAAUCCAGCGGGAACAUCGGUUCAGGACGUCCUCCACUGGUCCCAGGCUGUUAAGUCUGGGAAGUUCCAAGCUUUUGACUGGGGCAGCCCAGCUCAGAACAUGCUGCACUAUCAUCAGCCCACACCUCCCUACUACAACUUGACAGACAUGCAUGUGCCAACUGCAGUGUGGAACGGAGGCAAUGACUUGUUGGCUGACCCUCAAGACGUUGACCUUCUGCUUUCCAAACUACCCAACCUCAUUUACCACAAGAAGAUUCCUCCUUACAAUCACUUGGAUUUUAUCUGGGCCAUGGAUGCCCCUCAAGUAAUUUACAACGAAAUCGUUUCUAUGAUGGGAGAAAAUAAUAAGUAGUUCCCCAUUUAAAGAAUUAUCCAUUUAUUGUUCCAGAAUAAGUUCUUCUCUCUCACAUGGUGUUUGGGAUACAGGGAUUCUUUCUGUAAUUUUGACUUCAGAAAUAUAUUAGCAUCAACGAUCUUUCCAGUUGUCAUUUUGAAU